CAAAAGUUAAGAUCAGUUCAAGUUGUGACUCGAUCGCGAACAGUUUGUUGAUCGUAAAACUGACGCAAAAUUUAAGUAAAAGGCAAAAUUUAAAAAUUAAAGAAAAAAAGUAUUAUUUGCAAAAAAAAUAUAGAAAACGAGAAGAGUUUUUUUAAUUAAAUUAAAUUUUGUGUGCAAUUUUUUUUGUAAUUGAGAAAAGAGCAUUUAUAUACCCCCAUAAGCGGCCGCAGACAGCAGACUGAGUAUUGUAAAAAAUAAAUGAUGAAAAAAUUUAACGAAAUUUCGAAAUCUUCUACAAGAACUUCUGCUUUAAAGUGAGGUUGUGUUAUUUUAGCUCAGUUUCUAUAACGUUUUUCGUUGCUUUUUUUCGUCUACGGUUUUGCGGGACUAAGAGAGUACGCGUCUGUGAGAGAGUGUUAUUAAUUUUCAUUUGUUUAAAAAAGUGUUAAUUAAUUGUAAUAAAUUUGUAAUAAAAAAAACAUAAUUUUUAAUAAUAACAAAAUGUUUUAAAAGAUUUUUAAGAAUUUCUUAUAAAAUAAAACAAAGAAGAAAUUGAAAGAUCUUAAAAAAAAAGUGAAGAAAAACAAAACAAAUACAAAAUGGUUGCAACUAAAACUAAAAACAACUUUAAAAGCCCAAGUGGCAGCAACAGUAAAUGCCUGUGCAACAUUAACAGCAAAGCAAAUACCAAAAAUUUUAUAAAUUUAAAUAGCAAUUAUGCCAAAAUUAAAAAACAUCAUUACACCCACAAAAGCAGCAAUAACAACAACAGCAGCAAAAAGUUUAAUUUAAAAUUAAUAAUCGGUAUUUGGUGUCUACUGCACAGUGUCACUGUUAUACAGGGUGCUGCCGUUUAUACAAAUGUUGACUUUCGUUCGAAUCCCACAUUUGAACCGAUUUGCAAUCUUCAGGAGGAGCAUUUCAUCGAAAGCGAAGGCAAAGAAUCUAGUCUAAUAUUGGAAUUCAAUAAAGCCAUUGCGGUUACACAGCAUAAAUUAUGCACCCGAAUUCUAUCAUCCCCACCUAAUUAUGGUUUCAUUAUACGUUUAAUUUUACCAAAAAUACGACACAGUCAUCAUCAUUCCAGUACAAAAGUAGAGAAUAAAGAAAUAGAUGCCACGGGCCGUCAAGGUGGUGCUCAAAACCCCAGUAAAGUGUCAACAUUUAUGGAUCAAUUAAAUGUUUCAACGGCGGGUGGUUUGAAGUCGGGACGUAGUUGUCCUUUGAGCAUAUUCAGUUCCCAUGAUCCUCAUACACCACAGUGGCGUGUGGAUCCCUGUCAAUUGGAGGACACUGCCCCCGAAAUGGAGGAUCCGGUAAGACUGUUCCAUGGCCGUGUGCGCAUAGUAUGGGAACAUCAGAAUCAUACCUUAAACUCCAAACUAAUGGUCACCGUUUUGGGUAAGGGAGAUGAGUGUCGCAGUGAAAAGAAACAUCAAUGUUUAAGAAUAGGUGAUGAUCCCAUUUUGUGCAUUUCUAAGGAUUUAAUAUGCGAUGGCAUACGUCAUUGCCCCUAUAGCAAUGAAUACGACAGUGAUGAGGAUUAUACUAUGUGCUGGAAACAUAGUCGCCAAGGAGAACCUAUGCCACCGUCUAUGGAAUCAGAUAUUUUUGAACAUUUUGCUUUGGAGGUAUUUCGCAAUUUAUUUGCCUUUGAUGUGCCCUCUAUAGCCAAAGGCACCACCAGUAAACCUUUGCUAGAGUCGGACGAUGAUGUCUCUGAGAAACCUAUUAGUAAUAAAACCACUUUACAUAAGGUGGAAGGAGGUAAAGAAUUUAAUGAAACUCUGACAGAGGAACAAGACUCAGGAAAAUCCAAUACUACUCUAACUAUAGGCAAGGCCGAUAACUCGUCUAGUUUGUCGGGAAAUCAUCAUCGGCGCAAUUCAACACGUACAGGUGUCAAUUCGGAUUUGUCUAAAUAUGGUCCUUGGGGUUAUCUUAUGCUGGGCAUGUUGCUAUGCGGGGGCGCUUUACUGAUUUGUGGUUUAUGGGCCUCCGCUUCCCAACAUGCAGCCAAUAAUGAACGCGAAUCAGCUUUACAAUCGGCCAAUGCCGCUGCAGCCAUGGGUCAAGAUAAUCAUUCCAAUACCACAGCUCCCCCUAACUAUGAAGAGUUGGAUCCGCCACCCGCCUAUUCCGUAUUGUUUCCCAAUCAAAAAGCCGCCUCAAGCAAUACUUUGAAUUCACUAGAAGUGGCCAGCUCACCGCCUUCGAUGACACACCUACAAUUAUCGCCCUCGGCUGCUCCCAGUAGUAGAUCUACUGCGAGAAUUGUGUCUGAAAGGGCUAGUGGCAGUAAUCAUUUACCCACUCACAGCAACAAUUAAAAUGUGUUCUUUUUUCUAUAACUUUAUAAAUUAUUUAGUUUUAUACUCUCUACUUUUAAAUGAAAAAAAAGAUCUAUAACUCUAUUGAUAAGUUUGACUAGUAGAGCAGGGAUAUACAUACAAUUUUUAUAACGUAUUUUCUAAGAAUCUCUUCUUUAUUUGAAAAAGCUUGGAAUUUUUUCAAAUUAAGAUCAUAAAAAGCUUAACAACGACUGACUUAAUUAUUUAGUUAUAACAAUUUUUAAAUAGUAAUAUUUUUGAAUAACUUUAUAGUUGGGGGAUGAGUUUUAAAAGCUGUUUUAUUUGGGGUUUAAGUAAACUUGCCAAAUACUGAAACAUUUGAGAAUUUGUAAAGCUUAAGAGCUUAUUCUUAUAUAUUUGGAUUUUAUUUACUUAAUUUUUAUUCAAUUUAAUUCCAGUUUAAUGUGAAAUGCAAUAAAAACUAAUUUAAAACUUUUAAGGCUUUACACAAAGCUUUAGCAAAUAAAGCUUCUGCGAAGUUUAAACUAAUUGUUAUAAUAACAACUUAAAAGCCUUUAAUAUGUAUUAAAUUUCUUUUAAAUUUGGCGAAAGCUUUUGUAAAAUUUAAACCAAAUUUGUAGAUUUAAAAGCUUUUAAUAAUAAAAAAAUUUAUGAAAUUCUACUAAAUAUAAAACUUAUAAGCUCUUUAAAAAGCUUUUUCAAACAAAGCUUUUGUCCAAUCUUAAAUUGUAAAACUGAAAUCCUUUAUAAAAAACAGCAUUUAAACUUUUAUUUUCUUUUGUUUCUACCAAUUUGUUUAAUAUUAAAACUGAAAUUCAUAAUUUAUUUAUUUUCAAUAUGGCUGCCCCCUUUAAUUGAUACCCCUUCUAUCUAAACAAAAAACAAAACCUGACUCAAUUUUUUUUAUUUUAUGUUAAUUUUUCAUUUAGAUAUUUUAUAAAUUUUGUAAUAUUUAUCUUUUUCUAAUAAUUUAAAACAGUUUUAUUUAUUUGUGUUAAAUUUAAAUUGUUGACAACAUUUAAUGUACAAUAAAAAUGGCAUAAAUGUC